AUGUCUGACGCAAAGGAUGAAAUUGAUUUCGAGUUUAUUGGAGCCGACCUGACUACUGCUCAAACCAAUACUUUCGAUGAGUAUCAUACCUAUGAGAUCGACUGGAAGCCGGAAACAAUUACCUGGAGCAUUGACGGCAAGGUCAUCCGUACUCUCGAUCGUGAUAGCACGAUGAAUGAAACCACCCACCAGUACAACUACCCUUCCACACCCGCUCGUGUCCAACUCUCCCUCUGGCCGGCCGGUCUGUCCACAAACGGAGAGGGUACCAUCGCUUGGGCCGGAGGCCUCGUCGACUGGAAGUCCGAAGACAUUCAGAAGAACGGUUACUACUACGCACUUUUUGACUCUGUCUCCAUCGAGUGCUACGACCCUCCAAAGAGCGCCAAGGUCGAAGGUAGCAAGGCCUACGUCUACACCGAUGACAGCGGUACUGAAGGCUCCGUCAAGAUCACUGACGACAGCACCGUUCUUAAGUCCUUCCUCGGCAAUGGCAAAGACAAGGACAAGGACUACCCAAGCCCUACAAAGGGAGGUUCCAACCCACCCAAGCCCACCGAAGUUGCCGUCAUUCCCGGUCUUAGUGGUGCUGGUCCCGGCCUCGAUGGCAAGCGACCAGGUGACGGUGAGAAAGGUAACAACGGUGGCAGCGGCGGUAACGGUGGUUCCAACCCUUCUGCUCCCCAACAGUCCGGCUUCACCCAGGGUCCUGUCGGCGGCGACGGCAACUCGAGCGGCGCCUCUGCUCCAGGAGACCAAGUCCUCCAAGGCUCACUAUUUGCUGUCUUCGUUGCCAUAAUGGCACUAGUAACUUUGUAA